AUGAUAAAAGGCCGGUGUGCUUCUCUAAACCUCUCUGUGAAAGCUGCUACCCCUAAAAACGUUCACCAUCGUAAGCAUAAGAAGCAAUUUAUUGAGAAAAGGCUGUCUUCGUCCAAAAAACAAACAUUCUUUUCGUUUCAUCCUUACCCGCCACUGUAUCUUAUUAAUCCUAACACAGUUGCAGAGCAACUAAAGGCUACGGAAGACUUAGUUUCAUUGUAUUUGACGCCUGAGGACGAUUUCACACAGCCACCCCCAUGGAGCAGAAACGGAUGUCUACACAAGCCUAAGAAGGGAUCUAAGAAGAGAUCUAUUGAGCCUGAGCCAUACCAGAAAGGCUUCCCGCCCAAAAGACGCAACCAUUCCUUUGUUCCGGUCUCAUCUUACCCGGCCACUGUAUCUUAUGAUCCUAACACAGUUGCAGAGCAAGUAACGACGACCGAAGACUUAGAGUCCUUGCAUUUGUUGUCGUCUAAGUGUGAUUUCACACAUAGUACACCAAAGCCCUACCACCCCACGAGUGACUCCAUUGAGAGGGGACAAAAGGACACCCCUUUACAAAAGACAUCUGAUGAGACAAUCCAUGCCGUAGAAGCCGGAGAAGGGUCUGAAGACACAGGACUAACAGCGGCAGCUCCUACACCCCCUCAACCAAAUCGGCUAGCUACAGCAGAAGGGUCUGAAGACGCCGGAAUAGCAGAGACACCACUUACAGCCCAUCAAUCGAGUCAGGCAUCUUUGCAGGUGUUCCCUGAAUAUAAUGUAGGUGCAUACCUCUUUAACUGUAUCUAUAGCACAGAGGAAGGAUCCGACUAUGUCAGCUGUAUACCACACACCUCUGUCAUAACGGUGUCAGAUAAAAAGUGUAACAGGGGGAAUACAUCAGUAACCAAUCCUGUAAAUGUAUUAGAGGUUAACGUUCCAUUCCUUGAUAAGCAAGCAGUGCCUAAUUAUAAUACUUACAACCAGUUUGAACACUGUGGGGCACUAGGAGGUCCUGAGCAGGUGACAUUGCUUCAGGGUGAAGAGCUUUUUGAGUAUUGUGUCAACACUACACCUCAACAACCUGCGUCAGAUGGCAAUUAUAAACAAAUACAAUCAGAAUUAGCCGAAUUACGAAAACAAAACGAUGCUCUUAUGAAUAAAUUAGAUGUCUUGCAAACAGCUAACACACAAUUGACUGGUUUGGUCACAGACUUCGGAACAACGCUGGCCAGCCAGGUCAGAGCUAACACGCAUUUGGUUGAUUUGGUCACAGGUUUUGGCACCACGCUGGCCAAUCAGGUCAGCUCUCUCAAUACGCUGAUUGUACCUAUGAUAGUAUGCCUUAAAAAGGACCGAAUAUGCCCCCACA